UUCAUCACCUAAACCCUAGUAACCGUUUCUCUCGCUCUCUCUCUCUCUCUCUGCAUCCCAACCAACUCCGAUGGCUACCACCGACGCCGAUCACCGCCAAGAGGAGGAUGCUCCCGCCGGCGAGGAUGAGGACACUGGAGCUCAAGUCGCCCCGAUCGUCAAGCUCGACGAGGUCGCCGUAUCCACCGGCGAAGAGGAUGAAGAUCCUAUUCUCGAUCUCAAAGCGAAGCUAUAUCGGUUUGACAAGGACGGGAACCAAUGGAAAGAGCGAGGCGCGGGCACUGUGAAGUUCCUGAAGCAUAAAGUUAAUGGGAAGGUUAGACUUGUGAUGAGGCAAUCGAAGACCCUCAAGAUCUGCGCCAAUCAUUUAAUUCUGCCUGCGAUGACUGUGCAAGAGCAUGCAGGGAACGAAAAAUCUUGCGUUUGGCAUGCGAGGGACUUCGCCGAUAGUGAAUUGAAGGAUGAGCUUUUCUGCAUUCGAUUUGCAUCAAUUGAAAAUUGCAAAAAGUUCAUGGAAACAUUCCAAGAAGUUGCUGAAUCUCAGAACAAAGAGGAAAACGAGGAUGCAUCUGCUGCUGCUGACCUCCUUGAUGAACUGAGUGUUGAAGGGAAGGCAGAUGCAGAGAAGAAUGAUGAAGAUAAGUCUGAGAACAAAACUGUGGAACAAGAAUCUGCAUCAGAAAAGGAAAGCAAACCAGAUUCAGAGAAGAAAGUUGAGGAGCUUGCUUCAUCAGCUUGAUUAUAAUCUAUUCAAUAUUUCCUGCCAAGCAAUAUGACAAGGUUCUGUGGUUGACCUUCAGAAUGGGUCAUAGCAAUGCUAUUGAGCGGUCUGUUUCCUCUAUUGAGUCUGUUGGCAGGCAAAAGUUUCGGUCAGGUUUGAAUGAUUGAGUUGGUGCUUUUAGGUUUUGGAAAUAUAGCAACGUUAUUUUGAUUCUAUUUAUGAAUUUGUUGUUGCAAUUGAUACGAGUCUUGUGGGUGUUGGGAGGGUGCAGUCGGGGAAUAGUAAAAUGUUAUAAACCAAAGGUUAUCGAACAUUUUAAAGACUCAAAUUUUACGUCGUACAUAACUUGCUU